GAAGAUCACGUGACCUGGUCCCCGGCUGUUUGUCAACAAUGUAGGGGCGUCCGCUCCGGAAAGCGGGCGCAGUUGUUGUGAUGUUUCUGAUCUCUGAUAAUGCUAAGUCAGAAUAGAUAGUUUGGAAAUUUGAACGCUGUAGUUAGUUAGAGUUAGGGCUGGGGAAAUAUUUGCGAAAAUGAACAAAGACUCGCCCCUCUCUGGAGUAAAUGUAGUGCUAGUUAUGGCCUACGGGAGCCUGGUGUUUGUGUUGCUGUUUAUUUUUAUGAAGAGGCAGAUUAUGAGGUUCGCUGUGAAGUCCCGCAGAGGACCGCAUGCCCCGGUGGGACACAACGCCCCCAAGGCCCUCAAAGAAGAGAUUGACUCUCGGCUGUCUAAAGUGAAUAAUAUUCACUAUGAGCCUCGGCUGCUGUCACAGGAUGACGACAGGCUGAAGCAUCGCGGGCAGAAUGGCUGUUAUAACUACCUGUACAGAAUGCAAGCUCUGGAUGCCAUCAGAGACACCGGCAUUGUUUCUCCUGAUCUGGCCCGCAGCCCCAGUGCUCUCACCGGCCCCUGCUACAGGAAAUGGCUGCUGGACCUGCGCAAUUCUCACUCACUGAUCAAAACCAGCCACAGCAGCCUCAUUGACCGACUGCUGGAGGGCUACUACAACGCUCGUCACGGCACUGCGGUGUUCGGCGAAGCUGAAUUCCUGAAAUACAAAGAAGACUUGGCCGAGCUGGCUGCCAUUGUAAAGGUGCACUCCAGCUCCAACAGCCUGAACCAGCAGCACCAGUCAGCAGCUAAAGACCUGACGAGCUCGCCUGGCCCAUCCUCAGCCUCCACCAUCCAGGUGACAUAUCUGCCCUCCUCAGGCCAGCGCAGCAAGAGACCCAAACACUUCCUAGAGCUCAAGAACUUCAAGGACAACUAUAAUACACUCGAGAGCACGUUAUAGGAAACUAUGCUUGUCCAGUCAGACACACGGUAGGCCUGACAUUGACAAUGGACUGGCCUUGGUGUAGUGGAGAGGACUCUGCUGACCUUGCACUGCAGUCUGGAGUGGAGGAUGAGUAUUAAAGACUGAAUCUGGGGUCGUUUAUACCUUAGUGACUUACAGAAUAGAGAGGAACUGGCACAGAGAACAGAGGACAAUCUGUGACAGGCCAAAGGGAGACUGGUCUGUGCGUUUGCGCAACAGUGACAAGCUGAAAGUCCGCCUUUGGGAGACACAGUUUAAAAGAUAGUGGGAGUUAAUAGUGUUAAGGUGCGACUGGAUUUAUUGGUUAAAAUGCUGUCAGUGUUACUUACUGAGGAAAAGUCACUGCCGCUGUUUCUCAGCAUUCCUUCAUUCAGAGCUGCCUGUAUGAACUAGAGAAUACACAAAGAGAUUAUAAAACCUGAACAAAAAUGUACUGUGACAUACUGUAUAACACUUGGUAAAUGUUUGGGAGCUUUCAGAUACAAACAAUGGGAUUAGAAAGAGCCGAAUAGCCAUUUCGAUGCUUAAUUUUAUGUAAUUCUCCCACACAGUCAGCACGGAACUGUAGCAUCUGGUAUUAAAUUAGAAUAAUAUGUUAGAACGGGAAAUCUACAAGAUGGGACAAAUGCUUGUACAUAUGUGAAGUCCUUUAAGUGCACUUUAUUUGCAGUGUGUGUACAGGAGGAAUGUAAGAAUUUUAGUGAUGGAUUUGGAACUAGAACUGCUAUGCAUUUAGGGGCUGUGCAUAUGUGUCUUAAAUCAUGAAUCCUCUUAAUCAAAACAAAA